AUGACGGGGACACAACCCUCUCCCUACGUCACCUUCGAGGGCAUCCUCAAGCGCUACCACGCCGCGGCGGGACCAUCACAGCUCGACGGGGUCCUCGACGCAGACGCAGUGCUCAACGACGAGACUGGUCUCCUUGUGCAGCUGCAGGGCAGCCUCGAGAGCUACCUGCGCGCCAAUGGGGCAUCAGCGAUCGGAUCUGGGAACCUCGGCACGGACGAGUACAAGUGGCUCGUUCUCGAACACAGGACAUGGGGUCUCAUCCGCGCCGUGUACGAGAACCGUCUCUCCCCACCACCAUCCGGGAGCGCAGCGGACACGGUCGCAGCUGAUCCCUACAUCACCCCUAUGGACCUUACGCAGCACAUCGUGAGCGAUGAUGCGGACCUCUCCCUCUGGGCGACGCUCGUCGAGCAUCUCCAGACGCGCCCACUCUUCUCAGCACCACCACCGUUAGAGGCGCGCCACGGAUACCUUCCUUCCACUGUGCGCCGGACGAAAACCGCCAAACUCACAGGCUCUAAUGAAGGAUCGCUGGACCCGGAUUUCACUCUGCGAGGAGGCACGAUCGCCGGCGAGGACGGGACGUACGCGACACCGCUGUUGGAGACGCUGUUUGACCUAGUGCGACAUGGCGAGCUGGACCACGCCGUGCACGUAUGCGAAGAAGGAGGAGAACCAUGGCGUGCGGCAUCGAUCAUGGGUGGGAGGCGCUGGGACAUGGGCGGGUUCACAACGGAGCGGUCAGAGUUAACGGCGAUGAGCGGCAACCGCUCUCGUGCGCUGUGGAAGAAGGCGUGCCGCGCGAUCGCCAAGAAUGCGACGCUCAGCAGUGCCGAGCGCGCUCUCUACGCCGCCCUCGUGUCCGACCUGUCGACUCUUCUCCCAGCCUGCGAAGGGUGGGAGGACCAGCUGUGGGCGCACGUCGCAGCUCGCCUCGAGAGCCGUAUCGACGCGCGGUGGCAUGAGCUCGGCGGCUUCUGGCAGACCGAGGACCCACAGACUGACGACGACCAGGCAGUGCACGGCGGCCUCCCAGAAGUCUUCGCCUCCAUUGCGACCCAGUCCGGUCCCGUGGCUGAGGCGUCGCGCAACCCGCUCUGCAUCACGCAGAAGCAGGUCCUUCUCGAUGACGCGGCUGCGCACCUCGAUACCUUUGCGGAUCGCCUCCCGACGUUAACCGAAUCUGUGCCAGAGGUACUGAUUGGACCACUCAUGCGCUUCUUCGCGCAUCUGGUGCUCGUCCUACGUACCCUCGGACAAGACGUGCCGGAGAGCGCGGCCAACGCUAUCCUCGAGGCGUAUCUCCGCGUCCUUGAGCACGGCGGGUACUCCACGCUCGUCGCGCCAUACGCCGCCUGCCUCCGCGAAGGUAACGGCGAGGAGAGCUACGCGCGCUUCCUCCGCUCCAUGCCACCCACAGCCUCCCUACAGGACAAGAGGGUGGCUCUCCUCCGUGCCCGCGACUAUGGGCUUGACGUCGCAACCAUUGCAACAUACACCGUGCGCAUGAUCUUACACGCUGCGUUUGAUGCCGCACCUUCUCUCGCACCGGGACAGCCAGACAUCACCGAUGUACGCGUCAGCAUCAGCCCCGACGACGAGGCACUCAUCCGCGCACUCGAGUGGCUCACCAUUGUUCCCGAGACGCUGCCGGAAGCGCUGGCACGUGCCGACGAGGUCGCGCGAUACUUCCUCGCCACGGGGCAGUCAAACGCCACUGGCGCUCUCCUCCGCUCCCUCCCCGACGACAUUGGGACCGGCGCAGCAGACGACGAGGCCGAGUUCGCCGACUACGUCCGCCUCUAUGAGGUGUUUGCUGCCCACGACCUCGCUGAAGAGAUUGCCUCCGCACCGCCAAAGGAGACUGCAUCCAAAGUCGAGCAGCAUGCGUGGUCCAAGCGCCUCCUCUCGGCUAUCGAGCGCGUGGCCGACCUCACUCGCAACCUGCUUACUUCGAGCUGGCUCGCGUUCCCCAUUGCCGACAACGGGAAGCAGGGCAACGCACGGCGUCGCGAGUUGCGACGUAUUCGGCAGAUUUUCGUCCCCGAUCUCGUCAUGCGUCUCCACACGCUGCUCGUCGAGCACCACACCAGAUUCCCCCAGCUCCUCCAGGAUGCGCUCGACAUGACCGUCCUUGUCGCCAGCCAGGAGUACCACGUGUACGAGGAGUUUAUCGGGCGCGAUACGGACGCGUCCCGUCUCGUUGCAUACCUUGACCACGUGCGCGAGGCUAGCAUGUCUGCGCUCGCCGCUGGCAGCUCCGACCCCUUCCAUGCCCCUUAG